AUGGCCGCUCCAAAACAUUUCGUUGGAAGAACUAUCAUUACAUUAGCGCUGGCCUACAUUGCCUUUGCGGUAGCCAUUGCCAUCAGGUCUGGUAACAGCAUACAUCAGUCUCUGAGAAUGCCACUGGUGAUGCUCGUGUUUUGGGGCUCUAGCCAAAUGUCGGCUGUGGUUAGAACCUGCCGAUCUAUGGCUCUACCCGAUCAGGAGAGACGACUGAAGGAGUUCCACGAGAGGAUUGAGAUAUCCAAGAUGAACCUUAAGAAGAGGGGCUAUGUUGUAACGAACAAAUAA